AUGUUAUAAUUGGUACCUCAUUAUCAUGUUGAAAUGAUGAAAAAUAACUUAAAAACAAAUCAAUACUAAUUAUAUGAUGCAAUAGAGGGGUAAGAAUAUGAAAUUGCUCUAAGUAUUUUGAAUGAUCUACAUUAAAGAUCUACUUGGAUUAGUGGAAUUUACUUAAUAAUGAAUGGAUAUGAAUUGGAUUAGAAUAUCAUAAAUAAGUUCUUGAAAAUAAUAUAAGAAUCAGAUGAAAUUGAGAUGACAGAAUAUGAAUAAUUAGCAUUGACAUAAAUUUGUCAAUAAAUAAUGAAUAUUGAAAUGAUCAUACUUUUACAUAAAUAUAAUUUAGAUGGUUGGAUUUAAUUAUCUCCUAAGAUUCAUCUAUUUUUAAGGAAAUCUAUCCAUCCAUAAGUACCUCAAAUAUUCAUUGACUAUUACAUUAAAUAAAAUAUAGAAUUAUUAGAACAACAUGAGUAAUCUUUUAAUGAAGAUUUUGUAUGGACAUUAUAUGAUUUCAAAACAUUUUAUAAAUUGAUGCCUACAAACAUUAUUCAUCCCUAUUAUAAGCUUAUUUAAAUUUCUAUUUAUAUAAGGAUGCUUGAUUUGGAAGAAGUGCCUUGUCCAAUUUCUUAUUAAAGUAUUCCUAUUCAAUAUUCAACAAAAUUGGAAGAUAUUUUAAAGAAAUUAAUACUUACACCACAUAAAGAGUGUUUAGAAUUAUACAUUUUUAGUUUGAUUGAAAUUGGUUUAUUAAAAAUUGUAACAAGAAAUAUGAAAGAUAAAUUAACAUAAGAAUAAUUAACAUAAAUAAGAAAAUAUUUUAUAUAAGAAGCAUUUAAAACAGAAUAUAUUGUAGAUGUAGAAGUGUUUUAAUUUUUAGAUAAAAUUUAAUCAUUUGAUUAAGAAUUCAAAAUAGAAGUGUAUAAAAAAAAUCCAUAAUUUUAUGAAAAUAUAGAGUGUUUAGAUAUAUUUGAUGAUGUUUCAGUAAUUAAUGGACUUAUGCAUAAUUUCAAUAUUAUAGAGAAUCAAUAAGUAUGAAUCAAUAUCUUUAAUUUAGAAAGUUAUUUAAUUGUUAGCUUAAUAUAAUUCAAUACAUACACUAAAGGCUAUAUGGAUAUUAUGUAUAGAUGGAGCAAUUCCUCAUUUAACUAAUAAUCAUAUUUAAGAAUUCAAAUUAAAAAAUUUCAAAUGUUUAAAUAUAUUUGAUUAAAUUUAAUAUCAAUAUGAUUUUGAACAUUUAAUGGAAGCCUUAAAAGUAACUGCUAUAUGUAUUUGGACAGAUAGAGAAAUUAAAUAAGAAGAAUUAGAGAAUAAAUAAUUAUUAUCUUAUCUUAAAAGAUGUAUAACAAAUGAGAAUUGUUAAUCAUUAUUUAAACUAUUGUUUAGUAUAUCAAAUGGAAUUUUUGAAGAUAAUUAUGAUAUUUAAUAAAUUUCAAUUCAAGUACCAUAUUUCUUAGAAUUAUUGACUAUUUUGCUAUUUGAAUAAAAUAUUGAAGUUAAUUAGAAACAAUUUUAUUUAUAAUAAUUAUUAUUAUUAACAUAAAAUCUUGAAAAUGUGUUAAUUAUUAUGAAAAGUUAAUUAGUUGAAAGACUCAUAUUUUUUUUAAGAAUAGAAAGUGUUUAUUAAGAAUUAAUCAUACAAACAUUAAUAAAUUGUAUAAAAGUCAGAUUUUCUUUAUAAUAUUUAUAAGCAAUUGCAUAAUUUAUGUCACCAUAUUAAUCUUUAAUUAUGAUACCACAUAUUGAUGAUAAAUAAAAACUAAUUUAAUAUAGAAAGAUUGCUUCAAUUUUAGGUGUCCCUCCAUAAUCUAUAGAAUGUGGUUCAAAUUAAUAAUAAAAUUAUAUUUAAGAAUAAAUUGCUAACAAAGAUCUUUUCUUAAAAAAUUCCACUCUCCUAUUAUAUUGUUUAAAUAAAGUAAUAUCAAUUUAAAAUGAUUAAUAUUAUUAUUUUACUGGACAUGAAAGUGGUAUCAUAGUAAAGGGUAAAAUGCAAUUUGAAACCUAAAAUAAUGUUUUCUCUAUUAUCAUUCAAUUUAAAGGAUAAUUAAAAUAAUCAACUCUCUUAAAUUGGGGAAAUUAAGAAAUAAGUUUUUCAGUUGCCAUUGAAGAUCCUUAAUUACUUAGUAUUAGAUAUAAAUAGUAGAAUAUAUUGAAAACAGCAAAAUAUUCUUUAAAAUAUUAAGAAAAUUUUAUUGUGAUUAAUUUCAAUUAAAAUAAAGCUUUUUAAGUAAAUAUUAAUGGGAAUGAUGUUUUGGCAAGAUAAGCAGAUUAAUUUGAUAAUUUUUAAAUACCAGUUUUAAAUUUCUUUGCUGUUGGUGCAAAAUUAAAUGAUUAUGAAUCUCUUAGUGAUUCUUUUAGAGGUGAAAUGAGACUGCUUUAUAUUUUAGAUUAAAAUAUAAAUGCUGAAGAUAUGUAUAUUUUAGAGAAGAAAUCCUAAAAUAAUUCUGUUUUAUUUUCAUAAUUACUUAAAAUGUAAAUUAAAGGUAGAAUUUUAUUAUAUUUAAAUACUCAAUCCUAAAAACAAGACUUAUCAUUUGAUGGACUAUUACAUUAAAAUAAUUAAGUUUUUAUUGAAAAUUGUUAAUAUUUAAUGUUAAGGGGAAGAAGAUAAAAAUAAACAACAAUAUCAAAAUUAAUGGGAAAAUUAUUUUAAUAAAGAAAAAGCUUAAAUUCAUUAGAUGUUUCCAAUUAAAAUUCUAAAAAUGUAUUAUUCUUAGAAAAUACAACUUUGCUUGAUGUUAUGAAAUCUUAUGGUAAUUUAGAUAUUCUUUUUUUCCCAUUACAUAUUUUGAAUGAUCCUUAAUGUGUUAUUAGUGUUUUGUAAUUACUUAAUACAAUAAUAUAAAAAUUUGGUGAUGAUAAUUCAAUCUAAAAUUAUUUGAGAUCUGAUUCUUAAUAUAAAGGCAUUAAAGUCUUAGGAUAUUUAUUAACAGUUCAUAUGAAAACAUAAGGAUGUUCAAUUUAAUUAUUAUAGUAAAUACUUAAUUUCUAUAAUUCUUUGUUAUAAUGUUAAAUAAUUUAAGUAUUAAAAUAAGAUUGUAUGUGUAUAUAUCAUGAAUUUGAAUUUUGGUAAUAUUGUUAAUAUGAUAUUCUCUUAUAUCUCUACUCUUAUUUAUUUGAAUAAUUAUAAAAUAAUGAAGAAUUAUUCACUUAUUUUAAAGAUUAAGUACAGAUUUUGUAUUAUAUUUUAUAAGUCUAAUUAAUAUCUUAUGAAGAUAAUAAAGGAGAUCAAUUAAUCUAUAAUUAAACUAGAAAGAUUUUAAUUAAAUGUAUAUUAUACCUUAUGUAUAAUCCUUUUUUUUAAAUGUAAUUUAGUAAUGAUCAAAUCCUACCAAUAUAGAUGAUAAUUAGAGAUAAAAAGAAUGCUUCAAGUGAAAAAUUAUAAAUUUUAAAAAACGAAAUUAUUUUGAUAUUAAAUCAUCUAACUUUAAAAACAAUAAAUGAUUUAGUAGUUAUGUUAGGUUUUAUAGUUAGAAAGCCAUAAAAUACAUUAAUUUUAGAGUUAUUAACAGAUAUUAGAUAAGGUAAUCAAACAGCAUAAAAGGAAUCAUUAUUAGAUGUUAUGUAAAGUCAAUUUGCUUUAAAGAUGGAGAAUGAAGAUACUAUUUUAUAGGUUAUUUUUAAAAUAAUUUAUGGUGUAAUUAUUGAAAUGAUUAAUUAAAACAUUUUAGAUGAUUAAUUAUUAGGUCCAUUAAUGGAUAUUUUAGUAAAAGUACAAGUUCAUUAAAUUAAUUAUGAAUAUAAAUUAUUAGAACUUUAAUAAGCUAAAAAUUCAUAAUAAUAAUAAAAAACAAAAGAAUAUAGUGCUAUAAAAUCUUUAUUUAAUAAAAUAAAUUAUAUUUUAUUUGAAUUAAGUAAUAAUUUAAUUUGUCGUUAAUAAACAUUUUAAGUAUUAAUUAAUGUAUAAUAUUUAUAUUUAUUUAGAUUAGUUAUCAAGUUUGGUCUUAAAAUAAGAGUUGAAUUUAGAAAAAGAAGUAUUAAAUUUAUUAUUAUCACACUUUUCAUUCUAUAAUAUUGAAACUAAAUAAUUGAUAAUUGAAUUUUUUUUAUAAUCUUUAGAAUUUAAAGUCUUUAUGAAUACAUUAUGUAAUCAUAAAGAAAUUAUGAACUUUAUUAGAGAAUUAAUUAAUAUAGAGACUGGUUAAACUUUAAUCAAUUAUAUUGUAAUACAUCACAUAGACAACAUAGAUUUUUCUGCCAAAAAAAUAUUAAAAUUAUUUAAUAUGGUACAAUAACAAAAUAAUUAAUUUAUGAAAGUUAUAUUGACAAUUUUAUUACUUUAAAAUAAUAAUAAUAAUAAAUAAAAUCCAAAAGCAGAAAUUGCAUUAUUAGAUUUAUUUAUGUUAUUGCCUACUUCAUUAGCAUAAAAUUAAGAUAUGAUAUUAAGUGAUCCUGAAUUAUUUGUUAAAGUAUUUUAUGAAUAUGUCACUUAUUUGGAAAAAUAAGAUAAAUUAUAUUCAUUUUAUCUUGAUACAGAAUUUAUAGGAUAUUAUGAAUAUGAUCCAAAAUCCUUUUUUAGUUUUUAAUAAAAUGAAGCAUCUAAAAAAUAUAUUUAUCCAAAUGGAGGUGUAAUGGGAGUAGUACUCUUUAUUUUAUUUUAUUCUUUGGAACUAUUGAUUACAAGUAAGGAAGCUAAAUAAUUAUUGAUGAUUUGGAAGAAAUUAUUAACAGAUAAAUCAAAAUCUGAAUUUCAACAUAAUUCUUAAACUUUAAUAAAUAAUGAUCAGAUACCUAAUUUAUAAAUGAAAAUUAAGAAAAUUAAGAUAAAAUCAUAAAAAUCAUCAUUGGUGUAAAAAUUUAAAUAAUCUGUAUUAGGUGAAUAUUAAUUAACUCAAUAUGAUAAAUAUUUUUAGGAUAUACAUUUAUAUCAUGUAUUAAAAUUCUAAUUGUUAUCUUAAUAAUAUUCAUAUUCUGAAGAACUUUAUGAUAUUUUUACAUUAAUUAAAUUUAAAUUUGAUAACUUUUUGAAUUUUUAAUCUCUUUGGUCAAUUAUUGAAUCAAACAAUAUACAAAAUUAUAUAGAUUAAUUAUCAACAAAGAUUAAUAUAGAAUAAUUAUCAAUCUAUACACCUAUUGAAGAAAUAAAUAAUAGAGCUUAUUAGAUAAUUACUUAAUUUAAUUAAUAAAGUUAAUAAAUAUAAUCUGCAAUUUAAUAAAAUGAUAAAUUGAGUAAUGAUGCUAAGAAAUUCUUAGAUCUUAUUAGUAAAGUGAAUUCACUAUUCAAAUAUUUAGAAUUUUUUAAAGAAUAAAAAGAUAUAAUUAAUAAAACUUGUGUUUAUAUUAAAUUAUAUUCAUUUAGAUAAAUCUAAUUUGUUUAAGAAUUAAGCAUAUUAUUAAAUAUUUAUUCAUUACAGAAUUAAAAUGUUGAUCAAAUGGAUAUUUCUUCAAUUAAUUUAAAUAAUUAAUAAUCAACAUUAUCAAUAUCUUAGAAUCAAUAAUAAUUAUCUGAUUUUCCAAAAAUAUCAUCUAAUUUAUUUAAUUAAUAUAGAUAAGAGUUUUUAUAAAUUAUAUAAAAGUUUGAAAAUGAAUUAAUUAUAAAAUAACUUAUAAUUCAAUUUAAAGUUAAAUAACAUUAUAAAUAAAACACUCAUAAAAGAGGAUUGUGGUAUUUUAUGAAUUAUGGAGAUGCACAUUUAUAUGAAUAAUUGAAUCAUGAAAAUUUAGAAUCAUUUUUAUAAUUAUUAGGAAAAGAAAGAUAUUCAAUUAAUAGUUAUGAAGAUAGUAUGAGAAGGAAAAUGUUUUUGAAAGUAUUUGCUAAAUAAAAAAAGACAUAUGAACAUAUAUAACUAAAUAAAACAGCAUAAAGUAUUUUUAGUGAUUUAUAUGGUGCAUAAUAAAUUAUAUAAUAGAAGGAUAAAUUUAUAAAUAAUGAAAAUUAAAGAUUUAUGGCAGAAUUAAUAACAUAAAGAGGUUUUUAUAGAGGAAAAAUAAGAAUAACAAAUGAAUAUUUUAUGUUUGAGAAUUUUGGUUUAGAUAUUCAAUUUUAAGAUGUUUAAUAUAAAUUUUAAAAAGAUAGUCUAUUAAAGACAGAAAAAUAAAAAUUGAUUCCUUUAUCUUAAAUAAAAGAAGUAUUUCCAAGAAGUUAUUUGGCCUAACCAGUAGCCAUUGAAUUAUUUACCAAUAAUAAUAAAACAUAUUUAUUUAAUCUUUUUGGAUAAAGACAAACAGUUAUGAAAGUUUUAUCAUAGUAAUGUAAUGUAAUAAUGAAUCCAAUUGAAUAAUUUAAAAAGAGUGGUAUAAUUGAAAAAUGGAGAAGAGGAGAUAUUACAAAUUUCUAAUAUUUGAUUGAAGUUAAUAAAUAUGGAGGGAGAACAUAUAAUGAUUUAAAUUAAUAUCCAAUAUUUCCAUGGGUUAUAUCAAAUUAUGUAGAUUUCGAUAUUUAAAAUAAAGAACAUUUUAGAAAACUUGAUAUUCCAAUAGGAGCAAUAAAUUAAAAGAGAUUGGAAAACUUUUUAGAAAGAUUUAAGUAAGCAAAUCCAGAAGAUAUGAAUAUGUAUUUUAUUUAUGGAACCCAUUAUUCACAUAGUGCAAUUGUAAUGAGUUUUUUAAUGAGAAUGGAACCAUUUGCAUCACUUCAUUAAGAAUUAUAAUCUGGAAGAUUUGAUAAAGCAGAUAGAUUAUUUCAUUCUUUAGAAUAAUAAUGGCAUUCUGUUACAAAUUCAAGCAGUGAUGUUAAAGAAUUAAUUCCAGAGUUUUUCUACUUUAGUGAGUUUUUAAAAAAUAAAAAUAAAUUUGAUUUAGGAUAACUUUAAUCUGGAACAGUAGUUAGUGAUGUAACAUUACCUUAAUUUAUUCAUACUAAUAGUCCAGAAGAGAUGAUAUUUGUAAAUAGAUUAGUUUUAGAAAGUGAUUAUGUAAGUUUUAAUUUACAUAAUUGGAUUGAUUUAAUAUUUGGAUAUAAAAGUGGAAUGAAUGCUUAAAAAUACAAUAAUUUAUAUCAUAGAUUAACUUAUAGUAAUUACGUAUAGUCAUUAUUAGAGAAAACUGAUGAUGAAGUUUUAAAAGAAUAAUAUAUUACUUAAGUUUAUUAUUAUGGAUAAACACCUUAAUAAUUAUUUAAGAAAGAUCAUCCAAUAAAAUAAUAUUCAAAAUUGAAUGAUUAAAAUCCAUUAUUGUAACUUAAAUAAAUUACUUUAAUGAUAAAUAAAUAAAAUAUAGAUAUUGAUCAAUUAUUUUGUAAUGAUAAAUAUUUGGUAUUAAUAACAAAUGAAUAAGAAAUUCAUGUUUUUAAUGUAGAACAUAGAAUAACAAGUCAUAAAAUACCAAAAGAUUUUGGAAAUUAAGAAAUUAAACAAUUAAAAUUUAAUCAAGAUAACAUAUUCUUAUUAUUUGAUGAUUCUUUAGUAGUAGGUGGAUAUACUGAUAAUUCUGUUAAAGUAUAUUCUCUAAAAGAUCUUAAAUUAACAUGUUCUGUUUUAUUUCAUACUAAAGUUGUUACUUGUUUAGGCAAAAGUUCAACAUAAUUAUUAUGUGGAAGUAGAGAUACAAGAAUAUCAGUUUGGGAAUGGACAUUAUCACAUUAACCAGAAUUUAUAUUAUAUGGACAUCAAAACGAAGUGUCAAUUAUAUAAGUUAAUUAGAUUUUACAAAUUAUUUUAAGUUAUGAUCUUAAAGGAGAUAUCCUUAUACAUACAAUUAAAGGAGCAUUCUUAAAAUUAAUUGAAACUUCUAUUAAUGAUUGUCUUUAAAUUAAAAUUCAUCCAUCUGGAUUUAUUUUAAUUUCUUAAUCCAAAUAGUUGAUUAUAUACACUUUAUAAGGGGAACUAUUCCUAUCCAGAGAAUUAUUAGAUCAUAUUAUAUCUAUUAAUGUUCUUAAUGAGUAUUCACCUGAAAUUGUAAUAAUUAUAUCUUAUAAUUAGUUAAUCCUUACAUAUGAUGGUACAAUAUUUAUUACUUCAAUUAUCUAAUUAAAAAAGACAGAUGAUUUUAAUUAGUAUUGUCUCAAGAAAUACAAAUUAGAGGAUAUGGAAAUUAAAAUGGAGACUAAUUAAUUGAGAAAAGUCAAAGAAUUAAUUAAUACCAAAAAUUUAGAAUUUUUAACUUCCCAAAUUUCAUGUGGUUAAUUUAUACAAUGUAUUAUCAUUCAUUAUUAUAAUUAUAGUGAAUACUCAUAGAGUUCUUAUUAUUGGUUAUUAAAAUGGAUAAAUAAUAUCAUUAUACGAAUAACCAAGAACAACUAGUUUAUUAUGA